GAUCGGCCCUCAUCGCUCUCUCGUGGCGCGUGCACUCAUGUGGAUGACACACAUUGAACAUGCUGAAACCGUCCUCGUGUGUUAUUCGAUCAUUCCAUUUGAGCUCUCUGCUGCGCUCUGUUGAAAUGUUCGCAUAUAUUUGAGGGAGUUCCAUUCUGGGUUCAACUUACAAAGACGUUGUGUUGUCAACGUGUCUACUACGUACAUACCGAUAAUCACGCACAGUUUUAAGCGAGUAUUUCAUAUGGUACGCACUGACUGGUUUUCUUCGCAAUCGUGAAAUGGGGAGGCGCUGUCAUCGUGUGACGUAGAAUUAAACGGACACAGUUGAAUCGCUUGUUAUGAAUGUGUUCAUACGCAGCCCUCUGAUAAGAAAUGCUGUUUUUGCCGGCACAAUCUACGGGGCAUCCGAAUUCACUCAACAGACGCUACGCGGAGAUGACAAGUAUGACUAUGGACACAUUGGUCGUGUUGCAUUGACGGGGCUGUUGUUCUAUGGGCCACUCUGUCAUUACUUUUAUCGCGCGUUGGACAAUGCAUGGAAGGGAACCACAACGCGUGUGAUAAUGAAGAAAUUGGUGCUAGAUCAGACCAUAGCUGGACCAGUCAGUGUUGGUGGUUUUUAUAUAGUGCUAGACGUUCUUGAAGGAAAGAAAGAUAUUUUUGCUGAAGCGAAGGUUAAAACACUACCAAGCUGGGGAGCUUGUUUACUGUUCUGGCCUCCGGUUCAGAUAAUAAACUUUAAGUACGUCGCACCCAAGCACAGAGUAGUCUACGUCAGUAUAUUGACUUACAUAUGGGCCAAUUUUCUCUGCUUUAUGAAAAGCAAGAGAGAAUCGACGCAGAUUGUUCCACACACGUCUGCUGCGUUAAUGGAGUCUGCGGCUGUGGUCAAAAUGUCUCCGGAAAUCAAGAAACGUUUGGCUAAUCCAAUAGCUAAAUUGGAAUCAGCUGAAUAAUCACUAAUCUAUACAGUGCAUCUAUAUAUAUGAUAUACUGUGCUAUGUAUGCUAGGUUAAAGUUGCACUCUAAGAUGAGCUUUAUCAGGGUAUUGGGACUGGUACGCAAUUUAUAACUUCGUAUUUCACAUAUUAGUUUCAAAACCCCAAUAAGGCUUUAUAAAUGAGCUCAGAGUGCAAUUUAUAUCGAAUAUAAUCAAAAUGAUUUUUUCUUUAAUUUGUACAAUGUUUUCCGGGAAAACACGCGGCAUUUAUAGUAUAUACAUCCAUUGUAUUUGUAGUCACAUGCUUUUAUCAGUUAUAAGGUGGCUCAAUACAGUUUCACGAAAGUCUUUCAAUUAUCUGGUUCCGUCCCCCGUCGCAUUAUGUCAGAAGUCCAAGUUUCCCUCUGAACUUGAUUGGUACAUGAUUGAUACAUGGUUUUUCUGUUCUCCAAGUUAUGCUGGCCCAUUCUGUUCAAACUUAGGAUAUGGGUAAUACCUUUUGGCAGCGAUUUUUUGCUUAUAAUUUGAGAAUACAAUUACCAUGUUUAUUCAGAUUUGGUACAGAUACAGUAUAUUACUUCACGAAGAUUUAAACAGCCAUUUUGUUUGAUGAAAAUAGUUAAUAUUAUUUUUUGCACAAUUCUGCUUAUACCUCAAGUUCAAAUAGAAUAAAUCUUUGAGUUUUUUUUACAAUAUGUGAUGGGAACUACAUUUUGAAAAAAAAUGGGGGUACGUAAUUAUUUCUAAAUAUAGGACAGUUUAAGUAGUUUGCCAUAUGCUAUCACAUGGGCGAUAGAAUGUUUUCUCAUGAGAAAACGCCUGCGAACUUUGAACCUCCGACAUUCGGGAAACUGUAUAGAGCAACCUUGAUAGGUAGAAGCCUACUCAUAAUGUUUGAGAAAAUUGACCAUGAAUCGCAUGACAAUGUUCUUGAUUGUGUUAGUAUGUACAAUCAUGGAGCUAUUGUCCCAUAGGUCAAUAAAAUACCAUUAUUUUGUGUGUUGCAGUUACAAGGUUUUUGAGAAACCUGUCCCAAUAUUUUUCAAAAAUUGCUAUCUUAGAAUAAUUCAACAGAACACAAAAAUUGCAUUUUUGGACGCUUUUUUAAACCCAGAUUUUAAAAAUAACAACAAAAUGUUAAUAUCAACAAAAAUGUACCCCGUACUUAGCAAUAUAUGAUUUUUUCAGCCUAUAUGUUUGUCAACAGCCUACAAUUUGAGAUACAGCAUAAUAUCUGCAAUAGAAGCCGUUGGUAAGAGCUUUCUAAUAAUACCAAAUGGCAACUAAAUCAAUUUCUCAAAAAUUAAGCCGGUGACCUCAACUAUUUUAAGUCAAUAUCCAUAUAUUGCCCGGAAGUUAUUGCAAAAUGAAUAAAUUCUGCGUAUUUUUAUUUAUGAGUAGGCGUCUACCUUAUUAAAGGCUCCGCUAGCAUUUAAUGAAUCUAUGAGUUGUACGCUCUAGUGAGAAAAAAAAAUACCUAUAUGCUGUAAAUGAAUGAUAGUGGGAUCUAAUAAGGUUAUGUUAUACAGGGCGGUGGUCGUCGCACAACGCGUGUUCGAAUUUCGUGUAAACAAAUGUAUUUACACGCACUGUACACGUCGCUAUGUAUCUCGUAUGGAACGGUACGCGACGGCCACCACCCUUUAAACGAUUGCACUAUAUUCCAAAUGACGAACGGCUUUGCAACCAAACACUGCUUCCGUGCACGCUGUCACUAGAGGGCGCGACUCAUAGGAAUGACAUAUUGUGGACAUUGGUAUAUAUGGCUUUUAAUUCUACCUAAUUCAUUAUAUAUAUAUAUAUCUUGUGUUCGAUACUUCUGUAGCAAUGCAUCACAUUGGUGCGUGUGCGUUUUUUUAAUUGUCACGAUUUACUCAAAUUGGGUUUUGGUAUACUCAUUUCAGGUGUUUUAAACUUAUUCUACAUUAGGGUUUUACAAUCUAUUUUAUCUAUAAAUGCCACAGUGAAAAAAAAAAAUAAUCGCCUUACGUUUUGGAACUAACCCGGUGUUUGGAUCAGUGUAAAUUCUAUUCAUAUAAAAAGUAUACAUGCAUAUUUAACUGUGUACAAACUGAACCAUAUCAUUCUACCUACUACAAUGCACGUCUUCCAGUAGUAUUUACACACAUAUCGACAUAUAGUAAGAUGUCCAACGUCGUCACAUUAUUCAGUAGAAUGGAAUUUCUUGGAUUCAGUGCCUUCAUUCUCAGCAUUACCUUGAUUGAUAAUUUUUCUUUGAAAUUGUUACGAUAUUAUUUUUGUAGUAUUUUUCUGAAAUGUAUGAAUCUUAUUGUUAUCUGCAUAUUUUAAGUUAAAGCAAUUUUAGCAAGAAAA